AUGCGCGUCAAGGAUAUGAGAAGGGAGCCGGCGCAGCGAGGCGAAGAGCGCCAGCGUGAGUAUCCCGCCACCGCCACCCCCAGCCCGUCGCCCCCCGCGUCCCCGCCGCCUCCACCUCCCCUGCCUCCCCCGCCCCGAGCCCACGCACCCGCUCCCACUCCCGAGCAGGAGGCCGCGGCCCGCGCGCGGGACGCCCGAGGCUCCGACGCCGAAGACAGCGACGAGUCGGACGGCAGCGGCGAGGAGCUGGACGAGGAAGAGGAGGAGGAGGAGGAGGACGACGACGAGGAGGAGGAGGCUGGCGGCGGCGCGCAGCCCGGCCCCGAGGCGGCGGCCGGCUCCUGCCCGGGGGCCUUCCUGGACCGCAGCCCGGGCGAGGUGUACACCAUCCCCGAGGAGGAAGAGGAGGCGGCCAGCCCCACGAGCGGCGACGGCGUCACCAGCCUGCGCCAGCGCCGCCUGGCGGGAGGUGGGUGCGCCCCCUCAGCCGGCGCCGCAGCAGCGCGCGGCCUGCAGCCUGCAGCCUGCCCCGAGCCAGACGCGCCGCCUCCCACACACUUCUUGCCUCUACCCCAGCAUCGCGGCCCACAAAUUGCGCCUACAGUAGCCAACAACGAUACGAGAGGUUAA